GCCCAAAAACCAGAAUAUUAAGGCCCAAAUAACAAUACCGACUUCCGAGAUAACCUCGCCACGCAGCGACAGUCGAUCGAGACGAGCAUCGGAAAAGAAGAUUUCGCCGGAGCGGAGUUCCCCGCCAUGGAUUUUUCUCGGCUCGCCGACGCCAUGGCCGCCAAAUCGUACGAUAAGAUCGCCUCAAUAUGUGAAGAUCUCAUGAUGACGUCUGCUGCAAAGGGAGUUGCGUUCCAUGAAGAAUGGCCAUACGCGGUUCAUCUCUUAGGGCACCUUUACAACAACGAGAUCUCUAGUGCGCGUUUUUUGUGGAAGACUAUACCAGUGGGGAUAAAGGAGAGCCGGCCGGAGUUGGUGGCUGCUUGGAAGGUUGGGCAGAAGCUAUGGACUAGGGACUAUGCUGGAGUUCACGAGGCCUUACGUGGGUACGACUGGAGCCCGGAGGUCAGGGAGAUUGUGGACUCCUUCGCAGACCGUUACACGAAAAAGAUCUUUGAUCUGCUAGUUUCUGCUUAUUCAACCAUAAGUGUUCAAGAUACCGCUCUCUUCCUUGGAAUGAACGUUGAAGAUGCUACAAAGUAUGUAUUAGAACAGGGUUGGAGUUUGGAUGUGGCGUCUCAAAUGCUGACAGUGAAAAUGCAAGUGAUAGCGAAAGUGCAAAACUUAGACGACAGCACAUUGCAGCGGUUGACAGAAUACGUUUUCCACCUCGAGCACUAAUCAAACUAUUCUCACUUCUUUCUGUGUCUUGUUUCUCCUAGUAAACUUCUGCUCACUGUUUAUUAGUACUACCAUUGAAGCUAACGAUAAGCUGAGUAGAAGAUUUUUGAUGGUUCAAACUUUCUUGAUGUUUAUGUUAAUGGGUCUCAUCAAUCUGUCCAAAGAGUAUAAAUUGCCCCCCCCCCCCUUUUUUUAAAAAAUCAAUCUAAUACUAUGUC